UUCGCUUCCGGUGCCCCCUCACAGCCAUGGCUGCCGCCGCCGCCGGCCCUGGGGCGCCUCUGUCCGCAGACGAAUUGCUUCCGAAAGGCGAUGCCGAGAAGCCUGAGGAGGAGCUGGAGGAGGAAGACGACGAGGAGCUGGAUGAAACCCUAUCGGAGAGACUGUGGGGUCUGACGGAGAUGUUCCCGGAGAGGGUCCGGUCGGCGGCUGGAGCCACUUUUGAUCUCUCCCUCUUCGUGGCUCAAAAAAUGUACAGGUUUUCCAGGGCAGCCUUGUGGAUUGGAACCACUUCCUUCAUGAUCCUGGUUCUUCCGGUCGUCUUUGAAACUGAGAAGUUGCAGAUGGAGCAACAGCAGCAGCUGCAGCAACGGCAGAUACUUCUAGGGCCUAAUACAGGGCUGUCAGGAGGAAUGCCGGGGGCUCUACCUUCACUUCCUGGAAAAAUCUAGAUUGCUACUGCUAUAUUUGACCUGUCUUGGUGGGAAGAAGUUUGAAAAUUCAAUAGUGUUUGAACUGCUGAUUAUUGGAUUUUUUUUUUUUUUUUAAACUUUGGCACAUGGCUCUAUAAACCUGGUGGCGGGAAUUCUCCCCACAUUGGCUCAUGGAGAGACUCCUCACUUGCAGCUGUGCCCUCCACUGUCCUGACUUAUUUCUUCUCUCCUCGAUGCUGAUACCAGAGAGCAGCAACGCAGACGGUUACUCCAGCUCUGGCCACCCACCCCCCUCACUAAAUUACUCCUGGUGGAAGAUUUCACUAUUCUCUUGCUGGGGUGGGAACUGAUGCCGUGGAGAAGGAUAUGCUCCUGACCGUUAAUAGAAUGGAGAUGUUGGGGAGGGAUGUGCACACAAGAUAAAAUACAAAAUGCAUUAAUUACA